AUGACAACUGCUACCGCCAAGAUUCGCGGCAUGGACUGUCACGUCAAUCAAUGGAACCUCGAUCCAUCCAAACCACCCAAAGCCUUGAUGAUCAUUUUCCAUGGGUUCCUUGCACACGGCAAUUAUCCUACGGUUCGCUACGCCGCCGAGUUUUUAUCCGAGGAAGGGUAUGCUGCCAUCUCGGUAGAUUUCCCGGGUCAUGGCAAGUCUCCUGGAGACCGUGGAUUGAUUGAAUCGGCCGAAAUUUUGGUACAGGAUGGCAAGGCCAUGGUCGACUAUGCGACUGGUUUGUUUUCUGACGCUGCAACAAAACCCAAACUAUUCUUGGUCGGUUCCUCCAUGGGAGGCGCCAUUGCUUUAUCGGUCGCUCAAACCAUGCCCAAAGAUGCCAUUGCCGGUGUUCUAUUACUCGCACCCAUGUUACAAUUAAAUGUUACUUCUAUCGAACGAUUUGCCCUAUAUGGACUUUCCUGUGUGGUUCCCACCAUGGCCUUGAUUCCUUCCUCGGCAACCGAUUCCAUCAAACAAUACCGGGACGAACAAAAAAGAAAGGAAUGUGACGAGGAUCCACUGACCGUCUCGGGAGCCAAACUCAAGACGUCGAGUGCACUGGCCUGUGUCGACAUUACCCACAACAUUGCAGAACAAUUUUCCAAGAUUGAGACGCCCUAUUUGAUCCUGGUGGCAGACGAAGAUGUGGUCGUCAAGAAUGCUGGAUCCGAAAAGCUGUUUGAACAAACGCCGUCUACCACGGACAAGACCAAGAAACAUUAUCCCGCACUCCAUGGACUCUUGUGCGAGCCAUCUCCGCUCUUUGAUGAAAUCAAAAAGGACAUGUUGGAUUGGAUUCAAGAACGAGUGUAA